CACCAAGCUGUGGAAUGAAGUGACCACAUCUUUCCGAACAGGAAUGCCCCUGAGAAAACACAGGCAACACUUUAAAAAAUAUGGCAACUGCUUCACAGCUGGAGAAGCUGUGGAUUGGCUUUAUGAUCUACUAAGAAAUAAUAGCAAUUUUGGCCCAGAAGUUACAAGGCAACAGACUAUUCAACUAUUGAGAAAAUUUCUUAAAAAUCAUGUAAUUGAAGAUAUUAAAGGCAGAUGGGGGUCGGAAAAUCUUGAUGACAAUAAUCAGUUAUUCAGAUUUCCUGCAACUUCUCCACUUAAAACACUUCCACGAAGGCAUCCAGAAAUGAGAAAAAACAGCAUCAACAGUUUUUCCAAAGAUAAAGAGAAUGUUUUGAAAUUACGAAACUUGUCUCGUAGAACUCCCAAGAAGCAUGGAUUACAUUUCUCUCAGGAAACUACAGAGAAAGUAAAUCAUGAAAUCAGAGAAGAUCAAGAAAACUCAGGAAAUUAUAGAGAAAUAAGCCAGGAAGAUGUUGAAGAAGUUUGGAGAUACGUUAUUCUGAUCUACCUGCAAACCAUCUUAUGUGUGCCGUCCCUAGAAGAACUCAUAGAUCCAAGCCAAGUAAUUCCUCAGUAUGUGAUGUACAACAUGGCCAACACAAGUAGGCGUGGAGUAGUUAUACUUCAGGACAAAUCAGAUGACCUUCCUCACUGGGUACUGUCUGCCAUGAAGUGCCUAGCAAAUUGGCCAAGAAGUAAUGAUAUGAGUAACCCAACUUACAUUGGAUUUGAGCGAGAUGUGUUCAGAACAAUUGCAGAUUAUUUUCUUGAUCUCCCUGAACCUCUACUUACAUAUGAAUAUUAUGAAUUAUUCGUGAACAUUUUGGUUGUGUGUGGCUACGUCACAGUUUCAGAUAGACCCAGUGGGAUACAUAAAAUCCAAGAUGAUCCACAGUCUUCAAAAAUCCUUCACUUAGCCAGUUUGAAUUCCUUCAAAUCAACUGAGUGUCUUCUUCUCAGUCUGCUUCAUAGAGACAAAAACCAAGAAGAAUCAGAUUCUACUGAGAGACAACAGAUAAGUGAUCGAGGAUUUCAAGGAGGGUGUGCUAAGAAAACGCAGCUCAUUAAUUUAAGAAGCAGGAGAGUCAUUGGUGAUGAUGGAAUGGGAGGAAGUUGUCACAAUUUGAUAGGCCUAAAUAGUUUGCAUGUUCUGUCCUCUAACAUCAAACCAAGGUGCUCCUCUUUGGAAGGAAUUGUAGAUAUGCCAGACUAUUCGAGUAAAAAGGUGUUCAGUGCCUUCCAUCGAUCUGUUCUGAAUACAGAACAAAAUAGUGAACAGUCCUUAGAGUCAAAGCCCAAACAGGAAUCCCUAUUGAAUCUUCACUCAGAGGGAAGUACUCACCAGCCACUCUGUGGUGGUGGCUUCAAGAGAACUUCUACUGUGACUGUUGAAGACCAAGAAGAGUCAUAUCACGGGGACUGCAAGCCCAAACAGCUCCGUAGAUCACAGAGUUUGCUUUUAAGAAGUAGUACAAGGUGGAAUAGCUACGUCAACACACCAGUGGCUGAAAUUAUCAUGAAACCAAACCUUGGACGAGGUAGCACAAGCAUGCAAAGAGCUCUGGAAAGUGAACUCGGAGAGGAUAGCAUCAUGAUCAAUAAAAGACUGUGCAAAAGUACGAUAGAGCUUUCAGAAAACGCUUUACCUCCAGCGUCUGCUGUGUUGACUGGCACACAAAGUUUGCUGCAGCCUCAUUUGGAGAGAGUUGCCAUCAGUGCCCUGCAGUUAUGUUGUUUGUUACUUCCCCCGCCAAACCGUAGAAAGCUUCAACUUUUAAUGCGCAUGAUUUCUCGAAUGAGUCAAAACGUUGAUAUGCCCAAACUUCAUGAUGCAAUGGGUACAAGGGCUCUGAUGAUCCACACCUUUUCUCGGUGUGUGCUGUGCUGUGCCGAAGAAGUGGACCUGGAUGAGCUGCUUGCUGCGAGACUGGUCUCCUUCCUCAUGGAUCACCAUCAGGAGAUCCUUCAAGUGCCCUCAUACUUACAGACUGCCGUGGAGAAACAACUGGACUGCUUACAAAGGGGCCACAUUAAAAGUCCCGGGGAUGGACUCAUUGCUCCUUUGCCAACUUACUCUUACUGUAAACAGAUCAGUGCACAGGAGUUUGACGAACAAAAGGUCUCUACCUCUCAAGCUGCCGUUGCAGAACUUCUAGAGAAUGUCAUUAAAAACAAGAGUUUACCUCUGAAGGAGAAAAGAAGAAAACUAAAGCAGUUUCAGAAGGAAUAUCCCCUGAUAUAUCAGAAGAGAUUCCCAACCACAGAGAGUGAAGCCGCACUUUUUGGUGACAAACCUACCAUCAGACAGCCAAUGCUGAUGUUAAGAAAACCAAAGCUUCGUAGUCUAAGAGAGAUGCACCUGUCUGGUAUUAAAGUAACAAUUAUUCACUGAAAUCUGGCAUGGAGAGAGAGUCCCUCAGCAGAAGACUGACUUUUGUGACUACGGAACAGUUCUAAAAGCCCGGGACCCAGCUCAUCCGCAUUAAUUCUGUAUUUUAGAGGUGUUAUACAGGCACUGGUGCUUUUCUUUCUUAGCUCUGGAGAUGAUUCAGAUAUUCAGCUAGCUUUGAGAAUCAGUGCUUUUUACAACAUUUAAGGAAAUAACCAUGCUGAUGACACACAGACAUUUCUCUUUCAUUGAAAGAAAAACCAGGUAUAAAUGCCUCUCAGCACAAAGCUUCCUGUGUGAAUGAGUUGGUGCACACGUGAAAUAAGUCUGUCUUUUUUGUAUGUAAAGUAUAAAGAAAUAUACAUGUAAUA